UUUUAAAGAUGAUGCACAGUAAAAAAUAUUUUGUAUUUGUGUUAAAAUUUUUCCUUGUAAAAAGUUUUGUGUUAAAUUUUUAACACAGUUGUGUGUUAAUUUACCAUAUUACUGUUGUGUUAUUUGGACUUUUGUAUGUUAAAUUAAUAUUAACUAUUUUUAAAAGUUAAAAUAACACAAUUUAUACGUAAAUACAUGAAAUCUUGGUGACGUAUUUUAUAUGUUAAAGUGAACAAAUAAAAUAUGUUACUUUCCUCUUUGUAACAGUUACCAUGUGUUAAAUGAACAUAUUUCUCAUGUUAUUAUAAAGAGAUCGUUGUCUUAUACCGUUUGAUUCCCCCCAAACCCCACGCAACGCGACGUUCUUGUGUUUAUAGCCGCUGCAACAGACCAACAAGUCCCUGCGUGUAGCGAACACGGAUGGCGUAGCGUAUGUACCUCACUUUUCUCACUUUAGUGAUUAUGUGUAAGUGUGAAGUUAUCGCUUGAGACUACCGUGUUUUUUUCUGCAUAAGAAGCAUUUUUCUAAUUCCCACUCAGUGAUCUCAGUGUGUCGAUUACGACCGUCAUAAUUAGCUCGCCGGCUAUUGAAUUCCAUUGAAAACGAAAUUAAUUGUAUAAGCAUCAACUACGUCGAUAAAGAAUUAUAGUCGCAGAAUAGCGCCAAACGAAUUUGAAAAACAAGGGGAUUGUUUUAUUUUUCUACGCAAGAGUAAAAUCGUGUGCGAAUACGAAACUCUGGACAAAAUUCUUAUUCCUCUAUAUUUAUCGUUAAACAUGCAGGAAAUUAAUAUAAAUUAUUUAUUCUGCGUUUUGCAAUAUAAAGAUGAUAAAGUAUGGGUAAAAAUUGAAGAGCCAUGUAAUUUUCACCAUUUUAUUGUAAAAGCCGAAGAAACUUUUCCCUCAUUAAGAAAUACAGAUUUCAUAUUCACUGACAUAAACAAUGCUAAACUGGAAUCAGAUAUUUUAUUGGAUUAUGUUCGAAUAAAUCCACGAGGAGUUAUAAUUAAAAUAAAAACUGUUACAAAUAUCAUUGAUAUCUCAUUUUCGCAAACUUCUGAAGAAAUAAAUAUACCAUCUACAAGUUCAGAUAGAGAUGCAGGUAGUUCUAUUGUAGUAUCAGAUAUUUCUGAUAUUAGAUCGGAUAGUGAUCCUGAAGAAUAUGCAUCAUCCUCAAAAAAAUGCAAAUUAAAUACUACCGCUUUGGAAAAUGAAAUUAUAUCAAAAAAUAAAUUACGUAAAAUAAUAAAAGAUUCGGCGUGCGGACAAGAAAUACUUAACGAUUAUGAAAAAAAUAAAUAUUUAUCGGAAAGGAGUAGAAGGCUUGUAGUAAAAAUUGUUGUGCAACAUUUAAUAAAAUAUAAAGAGAAAGUAAACAGACAAAUUUUAUCUCAUGAAAAAUGUAGUUAUGCACAAGCUAUUAUUGACCUCUUUCCAAAUUUAAAAAACACUGAAGGUGAUCUUGGCUAUGAACAUUUUUAUAAUCCUGAAACUGGUACUGGAUAUAUUGCUUCACGUUUAUCGAACGUACAACGAAAGAAAAGCGUUUCAAAAAUUGUUUUUAAUAAAAAACAAAAAGAAAAUAUCGAAAAUAUCAAUAUAAGAACUGAGUAUGCUGAUGAAACAGAUACUAUUAAAGACUCUAUAGAUUUUAUGAAACAUGCAACAUUGGAACAGAAAGAUAAAAUUAUAGAAAAAACUAAAGAAACUUUUAAAGUUAGACGAUAUUUAUAUAUGAAUGAAAAUUUUUUUAAUGUAUUUCCGAGAUUUUUGGACAUCCCGGAUUUGAUUGAUGUAGAAUUUAAUCUACUUUUUCCUGAAGUUGAACAAGACAAAUUUUGCCAAAUAUAUGUAGAAUAUGUUAAUGCUAUUUUAUCAGUUUACGAGACUGAAAAGAAUAACAUUUCUCUUGAAUGGAGUCGUGUUACUAACUCCUUUAUUGCCUUGACACUAUUGUUACCACCAACAGCAAGAGGAAAAAAAUUAGCUGCAAGAGAUAAAGCAAACAAUAUUGUCAAAAAAUUGAUUGUUUUUGUGCAGAACGGAACACCGUUGCAUUCAAAUGAAAACGUUAAUCAACCAAGACUUGUCGUUGUCGGUCCUAACAAAAUAGCAUUUGAACAAUGUUUUCUUGAAAUAGACAAGAAAUUUAUUUUACUACCAACGAAUGAUAUAAUUAAGUCAAUUGAUUAUUUGUUCAAAGCUCACUAUGUUUUUCAUGUCGAAUUUGAGAAUGAUCUUAAAAAUUUUUGGAUUUUUCUUCAACAUUAUUAUUACAAAAUUCCAAUGUUACUUAUGCAAAUAUAAAACAUUAAAGAUUAAAGACAUAUCUCGUCACUUACGUGAUGUACAUAUAUUGUUUGAGAGCUCUAAUCUUAUUUUAAAAUGUUGCGCAAAUACAGAUUGUCCUGCUGUUUUUAGAACAUAUUGUGGCUUUACAAAACAUUUAAAAAAAUGCAUUCUUCUAAAAGAAUCUGUACCUUCCACAAGUAACGAUUAUGCACAACCAAAUAUUAAAAGUUAUGAGGAUUUUGAAGAUCUUGAUAUUACAAUUGAUAGUUGUAAUUCAGCUAAUAAUGUAGAUUUAUUAAAUAAAUCAUAUAUUGAAAAAAAUCAACUAACAGAAACAAGUAUAAAGAAAAAUCAACUACAGAAAACUAUUUCGAAUUACGUAGCACAUUUAUAUUCUUUACGUUUGCCUGAUCUCGUUAUAACAAAUAUUUUAGAAACAACAUUAAACUUAAUAUUUCCACUUAUUGAUGAUAUAUCAUUGAUUUCAAAUUUGGAUGAGCGUCAAAGUCUUACUAAUGACUUUAAAGUUACAUUUGAAAAUCAUUUGACCGUGUAUAAACGAAAUAAAAAUUUGUCACCAAAUUUUAUUCAGCCUAUUAAAAAAGCUCAUGGUGUUGGAAUAAAAAAAAAAUAUGAUAGUAAAAUACAAUGCUAUAAACAAGUUCCAGUAACACGUACGUUUACGUAUGUACCUAUAUUAAAAACUCUUCAGUUUAUAUUAAACAAUAAAGCUGUUCAACAAUACUUUACUAAUGAUAUUACGGUAAAUAGUAAUGCUUACACUCAUUUCGUUGAUGGUAAAGUUUAUAAAACUAAUAAUUUUUUUCAAUUAAAUAAAAAUGCAAUUCAAAUUCAACUUUAUUUCGAUGAAUUUGAAGUAUGUAAUCCUUUAGGAAGCAAAACUGGAACUCAUAAAAUUGGAGCAUUUUAUUUUACAAUUAAUAACUUUCCUAUUUAUAUUAAUUCAAAAUUAAAAAAUAUUUUUUUGGCAGCGUUAUGUUAUAAUGCUAAUAUUAAACAAUUUGGAAUAAAUCCUGUAUUAGAAGUAAUUGUCAAUGAUAUUAAAAUUCUCGAAAAUCACGGAAUAUUUAUUGAGUCUUUAAACACAUACUUAAAAGGUACACUAAUAUCUACAUCUUGCGAUAAUUUAGCAGCAGUUAUGUUGUUGGGCAUGAAUGAAUCAUUUAAUUCUCAUUAUUAUUGUAAAAUCUGUACAAUGAAUAAAAAAGAAGCCCAAAAAGCAUGUAUUGCAAACUCAAGUUUAUUACGAAGUACGGAAAGUUUUGUUUAUUUAGCAGAGCAACAAAAGUAUGCAAACAACGAUACAAUAAAUUUUUUUGGAAUAAAACAUAAAAGUGCACUGUUAAAUUUAGCUUAUUUUAAAAUUUCAAAAAAUCUCAAUAUUGAUGUAAUGCAUGAUUUCUUAGAAGGAAUUUGCCAAAGAGAUUUAAAAUUAUUUAUAAAUUUUUGUAAAGAAUCUGGACUUAUUACUUUAAAUGAUUUAAAUGAUAAAAUACAAGCGUUUGAUUAUGGCUUAUGUAAUAAACAAAAUCAUCCAAGCAUUAUACUUCUCAAUAAACAUUCAAAUUUAAUAGGACAACGUGCAGCACAAACUCUUUGUUUAAUAAUUUUUUUGCCUUUAAUUUUACAAGAUGUAGUUCCAAAACUUUAUGAGAAUUUUAAUAAAUGGAAAGUAAUUUUACUACUCUUAAAAAUGUUAAAAAUUGUUUUAUCACCAAGGAUUACACCUAGUAUGUUAAAUGAUUUACAAACAACCAUAAAAGAACAUCAUGAACUUAUAAUUAAAGAAUAUUCUGUUUUUUUAACACCAAAAGAUCAUUUUAUCACUCAUUAUCCUAUGAUAAUAGAAGAAAUGGGUCCUCCUAGAGCUUACUGGACCAUGCGAUUUGAGAGCAAGAAUGGCUAUUUUAAAGAUUUAGCUCAUAAAUUAAAAAAUUUUAUAGAUGUUGCAUUCACUCUAUCAGUACGUCAUCAAAAAUAUAUUAUCUUUGAGUGGGAAAACAGAUUUAGUUUUUUAGAUGAACCAAUCCUCAAAAAUUUUAAAAAAGAAAGUUUAAAAUCUACUGAUUAUGCAACAAUAAUUGCAAAAAAUUUAAAUAUUACAUGUAAUACUUUUAUUUACGUUGGAAAAAGUGUACAAUUUAGGGGUACAAAUUUAAUAUUAAAUAAGUUUAUAUGUACAUCUUUUUCUGAAAAGUUUCCCAAUUUUGGUAAAACAAAGUUAUUUUUUGCUCUAAAUUCUGUAGUGUAUGUUUUAUUUGAAAGUUGGAGUACUAUUGAUAUAUCUCCAAUAAAUUUAGGAUAUAUUGUAAAAAAUAAUUCUUUAUUAUUUACAAUAAAAAUGGUAAAUUUACCAUUUACUAAAGCUUGGGAAGCGUACACUUCAGAAAAUCAUACGACAGUUAUUACUGAAUAUUUUUUAUAAUAUAAUAUAUAUAAUGUAACAGUACACUGACAGAAAAGAAUGCUUAAUUUAAAUAAAUAUGUAUUUGAAUCAAGCAUCCUUUUCUGUUAGUGCAAUGUAUAAUACUCUUGUAUCUUAUAUAAUACUUUUAUAUUGAAUAAAUAUUGAAUAAAACUAAUUUGUGCAAAAAA